AUAUAAUCAAAUUAUUCCACCCAAAAACCUCCUCCUUCCUUCCCGCAGCCGCCCUUAGCUCGCUGACUAUUCCCAGCUGAGAGAAAGGAACUGAGAAUACAAAUGGAUCCGAAGGUCAUCACAUGCAAAGCUGCUGUGGCAUGGGGAAAGGGAGAGGAGUUGAAGGUGGAAGAGAUAGAAGUGGAUCCACCAAAGGGUUGUGAAGUUCGUAUAAAGAUGUUGUACGCCAGUUUAUGCCACACUGAUACCCUAUACCAUUCUGGCUUUCCAGUACCUCUAUUUCCACGAGUUCUUGGACAUGAAGGAGUUGGUGUGAUAGAGAGUAUAGGUGACAAUGUGACAAACCUUACAAUAGGAGACACAGUGAUGCCACUAUACUUAGGUGAAUGUGGAGAAUGCUUGAAUUGUAAAUCAGGAAAGUCCAACAUAUGCCAUAACUACCCUCUGCCCAUAACUGGUCUAAUGCGUGAUGGCACAUCAAGAAUGUCCGCUAGAGGAAAACCACUAUACCACUUCUUCAGCAACUCCACGUGGUCAGAGUAUACCGUUGUCGAUGCUAACUACGUUGUUAAAGUUGACCGUCGACUACCUCUUCCACAUGCUAGCUUGCUUUGUUGUGGGUUUACUACUGGGUUUGGAGCAACCUUCAAAGCAACUGAGGUGGAGAAGGACUCGGUUGUUGUGGUCAUUGGUCUUGGUGCUGUUGGAUUGGGGGCUAUUAGUGGAGCUCGAGAGCAAGGAGCAGCUAAAAUAAUAGGGAUUGAUAUCAACGAUUUUAAACGUGAAAAAGGAGAAGUCUUUGGAAUGACUGAUUUCAUAAAUCCUAUCAAAGCAUCCGAUAUACCCAUUAGUGAAUUGGUUAAAAAUGCAACAGGAGGACUAGGAGCCGACUAUGUUUUUGAGUGCACUGGAGUUAGUGAUUUGAUUAAUGAAGCCCUUGAAUCUACUAAAGUUGGUCUUGGCACGAUGGUGAUUCUUGGGGCAGGGUCUCGGAGCAAGCUAGAAAUUAAUUAUGAUGCUAUUCUUUACGGUCCGAUAGUUAAAGGUUGCUUACUUGGUGGAGUAAGGAUUCGGUCAGAUCUUUCUUCUAUUUUUGAAAAAUGCAUAGACAAGAAAAUAAAGCUGGAUGAGUUGAUAACUCAUACAAUUUCAUUGAGUGAAAUGAACAAGGCGUUUGAGUUGACAAAGCAAGCUGAUUAUCUCAAGCUUCUUAUCAAGUUUCAGUAACAGCACUCCUCCAUCUGCUUAUAUAUAAUAUAUCUUAGGGAUGACACAAUUAAGUGCAAUUUGUGUGCAAUAAUGUUUGUGCCUGCACCGUACCAUGUCUAAUAAUGAUAGAUCGAUGCUUUAUGAUGAGAAUACAAAGGUUUUAAGGUGGUUUAUUUUAAGGUAAUAUUUGAAUAUUAAUGUAUCAACCUACACAUAUAUAGCUCGGUGC